GUACCAACCUGUCGGAUGUCCUCCCCUGAGCAAGACGAGAAGUCAUCCGUUGAGAACCUGAAAUGGGGGUUUCUUCGUGCACGUAGCAUCGCGCCUGGCGGAUUUGGAGACGAACGAGUGCAUAUUUGGCCCAAGCUCCUUCACGCCGAAGAUGCAUUACUACGAGACGGGGAAGACAUUAAUGCCUCGCUGUCUAUGUCGGAGCACUCGGACGAACGCCAGAUAAAACUUGACACGGACCGUAGCUUCGUCUUGUACCCAGUAGACGAAUCCAACGAUAGAGAAUCCCUUCAAGAAGGAUUACGGGACCUGCUAGUAACUAUGUUUCGACGACAUCCCAAGCUCAAUUACUUCCAGGGAUACCACGAUGUUAUGACUGUAUUAUUUCUCACGUUGCCUUCAGAAUCGCGGCUCCCUUGUGCAGAGAAGAUGAGCCUUCAUCGGCUACGAGAUGCGAUGGGCACCAGUUUGGAACCAAUCAUAGGCCAACUUCGAAUAUUGCAGAACUUGCUUCGAGCUGCAGAUGCGGCUUUUGCAGCUGUUCUUGAAAGCGCAUCCCCCCUGCCCUAUUAUGCCUUGUCGAAUCUCCUCACACUGUUCUCACACGAUGUACCGACCUUACCACUCAUCCAACAUGUCUUUGACUUCCUGCUAUGCCGACCGCCAGUCGCCAGCGUAUACCUUGCUGCCGCUAUAUUGCUCACGAGGAAAGACGAAGUGCUACGCUUGGAACAGGAAGGCGAGGAAGGCAUGGUACAUUCGUUGCUCAGCGGCCUUCCCGAGUUAUACGAGGAGGGCGAAGAAUCCGAUGCGCCUACCGGUUUUGGGAAGUGCCAAGAUGCCUCUAAUCUCGAGAUGCGCCCACACACGGUCCCCGAGAUCAAACCGGAGCUACACGACAGCCCACCGAGUUCCUCGAUAGAUUCGUCUGCCUGUCAUGACGCUGCAGCAUUCAAUAGUGACGGUGGACAGCCCGCAUCUUCCUCUGCAAUCGCUGGUGCUGUGCCUAUAUACGGAGAACCCGACGACAAAGAGAUGGCGCCUGCGAAGCAUUCCCCUCCAUCGCCGGAGGCGAACCCUAGCCAGACCACUCCGCCGACAGAUCCCUCGUCCAGUGCGACGUCAGGGUCACCCAUUCCUAUAGCCUCCACCGAACCCAGCUUGUUCGCGGAACUACAAAAUGUGCCGCUAUACGUUCCGCCCUUAGAUGCCGAUAUCCAUGAUUCCGAAGAGCGACCUCCUUCUCCUGCGGAGAGCUCCUCAACUCCUCGCAAAGUCCGGACGUCUCUCACAGCACUAUUGACAAGUGCCGAUGCUCUAUAUGAGCAACAUCCUCCCUCUCAUCCCGCCCUUGCCUUGCGCUCCAUCAUGGGUCCACAGAGCGUUAUAUUCACCUGGUCCGAGGACCCCGCCCAGAUGCCAGACGACGAAGAAGCGGAAGCCAUGGUCCUAAGCCCCGAGCUCAUCGUUCUUCCUCCGCCGCCUCCGCCAGACGACAUGGAAACGGAUGGGGCAUCGGAUACGGAGAAGGAAGGUAAACGUCGUCGUCGCACGCUGAAGAAACCGAAACCGCGCAGGCGACGGACGAUAUACGUGGGCGGCGUCGAGGUCGAGCAGCGCAAGAUGCUCGUUGCCGGUGCGGUUCUCGUGCUUGGAGUAGCGUUGGCGAUCUACGGUCGUCAGGUCGGUGAAUCGGGGCGUCCUCCAGGCCAUGGUCAUCUGAGAACUUGGACUCGGGGAGGCGUCAAGAAGAUAGGCCGCGUCGUUUUCGGUGCCGGCGAGAGGUUAUUCGAGGGACUGCACUGAGGACUCGGAUUACCUGCCAUUAUCAUAGCAUCUCCAUGAUUACAUUUACGGUAUCCUGCUUCCUCUGUUUGGAGGCAGGCAUAAGCAUUCGUUGGAUAGUGACGAUUCAA